AUGAAUGACAUUGAUGUGCUGAAAAUUAGGCAUCAAAUUAAGGAUUGGGAGCACAGCUUUCAAAAAGUAAAUAAUAGACAACCUACAAAAGCUGAUAUAAAUGGGAAUACUGAAAUCAAGAAUUUAUAUUCACAAUAUAAAUCAAAAAAACAAGGUAAAAAUCAUCAUCAUAACUCCAAGAAAGCUACAAAAGACCAUGAAAGCCAACUAGAGACCACAAAUGUCGAUAAGGAAAAUUUUCCACCAACUCCACAAGGUGAACUAGGUCCAACUCCACAAGCAAAUGGUAGAGUGCUAUCAAUAUUCGAUUAUAAACUAACUCCACCAGAGUCAUCACCAUUAAAAGAUAAAUCAACUACAUUCGCCACAAAUAUAGCUGAUACUCCAAUUCGUCACAUUCUCAAAACUCCGGUCAAAACAAAUCGAAGGUUAUCAUUCACAACUCCAAAUAAAUCAUCCCCAUUAGCAUCAACUUCGACAGAAACACCACCAAUUUCAUUGAUUCAAAAGUUAAAACAAACUAUAAAUAAUGAAACUCCAAGAUAUUUGAAAUCAAAUUUUCAAACUCCAACUUUCAAUAGAACUUUAAGUCUAACUGAAUUUCUGACAUCUCCGUCACCUUUUAAACCUCAUAGAUCAAUUAGCUUUAAAAUAUCAGAAGUAUAUAAUAGGUCUUUGAAAGAAGCUGAGGAGUUGAAAGAGAUGGAAGGAAUGUUUGUGAACGAAGAAAUUGAAGAUCAAGUAGUAGAUGAAGAGGAAACUUCCACUGCAGAUCCUAAAGGUAAUAUUAAGAAAAGAAGAACUCAAAAAAGACAAACUAGAAGAGUUAAAAUGGCACCACGUCCUGUAUUAGAAAGCGAAGUCUUGGAUAAUGUCAAUUUACAAGAAAAAGUACAUGAAUUAGAGGAGAAAGAAAUUUCAAAUAUAAAUGCCUAUAUAAAUUCAGAAGAUGAAGAAAGUGAUGAUGAUUCCCAACAAUUAGUCAACCAAGUAAGUCCUUCAAAAAGAACUAGAAAACCAGUUACGGAGAAUUACAAGAGAAUGAAAAUUAAUGAUCCAAGGUCAAAACGUUUCAAACAACGAAUGAGAAGGUAA